CGAAUAAAAUACCGCGAAAAUUGAAUUUAGAACUCAGUCGUUCGCGCGAACGCAUUCGAAGUUAACGGAAAGCGCGCUUGGGUUUUUUAUUCUUUUUAUAUUCACCAAAGAGGUGUUCAAGAUGAAGUACCUAGUUGUCCUGGCUGUUUUCGCGUUGGCGUUCGCCGCUGAAGAGAAGGAGGAAGAACGGCCAAAGACGUUCAGACGGUUAAUUCCAGCUGACGUUUUGAGAGAUUUCCCCGGAAUGUGUUUCGCUUCAACUCGCUGUGCAACCGUCGAGCCCUCGAACUCCUGGGACCUGGCACCAUUCUGUGGCCGCAGCACCUGUGUCGUCAGUGAGGACACUCCUCCCAGGCUUCUGGAACUCGUCGAGGACUGUGGACCCCUCCCUAUCGCUAACCCUAAAUGCAAACUUGACACCGAAAAAACCAACAAAACUGCUCCAUUCCCUGGCUGCUGCCCGAUCUUCACUUGCGAGGAUGGAGCUAAGUUAGAAUACCCAGAGCUACCCACCCCUCCCCCAGAAGGCGAGGCUAAAAAGGAGGAGACGAAAGCCUAAAUUAAAAAUAGUUUUUAAAUUUCUGUGAAUGAGCGCACAAUUGACAUACUACUUUCCCGCGUCCAUUUAAUUUAGUUUUUUUUUUUAAAUCAUGUUUUCAAUAGCCAAUCGUUGUUUAUGGAUAGAGGUGACUUUUUUCACCGCUUUCUAAUUUUAGUAUGACUAACAAUUAACUAUUGUUCGAAAUUCAAAGCGGUUUCCUAUUUCCGGUCUCAUUCAAACAGCUAUGACAAAACUUUUGUCGUUUGUUAGGAGUUGAGUUUUAAUGUUGUCGUCACGUACGAUUUUGGGUUUUUUUUAGAAGUUUAUCGGCCUUUUUUUACUUGAAUACCUGCCUAUUAUAAGUAAAGUUUGUGAUAUUGAUUAAUAAUAGUUAAGACAUUCAAUAAAAAAUACAAAAUUUCUAAUAA